AUGUCUCAUAUUGUUUACCACUUUUAUGAAAUUCAAUUUAAGGAACAUCCCCCUCUGAAACCUUUUGAUUUACCAAUUGUAAUAACCAAAUUCUACCAGCAUGUCCUUGCCUUGGCCUUUGCUGUGAAGGAGAUCAAUGAGGACCCGCAAAUCUUACCUAAUGUCACCUUUGGGUUCCACAUCUAUGACAGUUACUACAAUCCAAGGAUGACCUAUCGCACCACUCUGGACCUGCUUUUCAAAUCUCAGGAAUUUUAUCCUAACUACCAAUGUGAUAGCAAGAAGACUCUCAUGGCAAUCAUUGGAGGGUUAGGUUCUGAUACUUCAUCUUAUAUAGAUGAAAUUGUAGGUUUCUUCAAGAUUCCACAGCUCACAUAUGGCUCAUUAGGCGAAGAGAAAUUUCAGACCAGUAAGCAAUCUUCAUUUUAUUUCAUGGUCCCCAAAGAGAACCAUCAGUACGUUGGGAUUAUCCAACUGCUUCAUCAUUUCAGCUGGACAUGGAUUGGGAUUUUUGCUGUAGAUAACAACCAUGGAGAAUAUUUUUUACAGAAAAUGGAACCCUUACUUUCACAGAAUGGCAUCUGCUCCUCGUUCAUUCAAAGGCUUCCACAACUCAUCAACCUGGCAGACUACAAAGAUCUUUAUCACCAAAUUUCUAGUAUUUCCAUUAAUUUGAUGAAUAGCAAAGUCAAUGCAUUGCUUGUCUAUGGAGAAUCAUUGGCAAUAAUGACUCUCAGAGGUGUCACAUUUUUGGCAGAUUCUGAAAAUAAGAAAACUGCAUUACUUGGAAAGAUGUGGAUAAUGACUGCACAGAUUGAUUUUGCACUAUCAGGCAUUCAGAUCACAUGGGAUCUCCAGAUGUUCCAUGGGGCUAUUUCCUUCACUGUUCAUUCAAGAGCAGUUGCAGGUUUCAAAGAAUUCCUUCAGACCAUAAAACCAUAUUCAGUCUACAGAGAUGAGUUUCUGCACAAUGUUUGGGAACAAUCAUUUGAUUGUUCAUUUCCAAAACCAGAGUUACAUGAAAUACACAGUAGGAAAUGCAAUGGGGAGAUGAAGCUGGAGGAUCUUCCUGGGCCUGUGUUUGAAAUGGAAAUGACUGGCCAAAGCUAUAGUAUCUACAAUGCCGUUUAUGCUGUGGCUCAUGCUUUGCAGGCUCUACUCAUUUUGAGGUUCACAAAGAAAAACACCAUGAUGGAUAAAAAACUUGAUCUUCCAGAUCUGCAGUCUUGGCAGAGAGUUAGAGUUGGAAAAAUAGAUCCUCAUGCUCCAAAAGGGAAGAAAUUAUUCAUUGAUGAAGAGAGGAUUGUCUGGCACCCAGCUUUUAACCAGGUACUUCCAAUUUCUCUGUGUAAUGACCAUUGUUCCCCUGGAAAUUGGAAGAAAGGGACAGAAGAAAAACAAUUCUGUUGCUAUGACUGUGUUCCAUGCCCAGAAGGAAAGAUUACAAAUCAAAAUGAUAUGGAAGAUUGUUUUGAAUGUGCAGAAGAUCAUUACCCAAAUAAGGAAAAAAACAAAUGCAUCCUGAAAUUGGUGGCCUUUCUAACUUUUGAAGAAAACUUAGGAAUUGGUUUAGCCUCAACUGCUCUUUGUUUCUUCUUCUUGACCUCUUGGGUUCUUGGAACUUUUAUUAAGCACAGGGAUACUCCCAUUGUUAAAGCCAACAAUCGGUCCCUCACCUACUCCUUACUUGUCUCUCUUCUACUCUGUUUUCUCUCCUCUUUCUUCUUCCUCAGCCAACCUAGCAAAGUAACCUGCUUUCUCCGGCAAUCAAUGUUUGGCAUCACUUUCUCAGUUGCUAUUUCUAGUGUACUAGCCAAAACCAUCACUGUGGUUGUUGCUUUCAUGGCCACUAAACCAGGAUCUCAGAUGAGAAAAUGGGUGGGAGAAAGAUUGGCUUUUGGGACUAUCCUUUCCUGCUCUCUAUUCCAAAUAUGCAUUUGUACUCUUUGGUUGUCAAUAUCACCCCCAUUCCCUGAGUUAGACAUGCAGUCAGAAUCCCAAGAAAUUAUUUUACAAUGCAAUGAGGGGUCAGCUUUGUUCUUCUAUUGCGUGCUGGGAUACAUGGGUAUCUUGGCUAUUGCCAGCUUUAUUGUGGCUUUUCUUGCCCGUACAUUACCUGACAGCUUCAAUGAAGCCAAGUUCAUCACGUUCAGCAUGUUGGCCUUUUGCAGUGUUUGGGUCUCCUUCUUUCCAGCCUAUCUGAGCACAAAAGGAAGAGCCAUGGUAGCUGUGGAGAUCUUCUCCAUCUUGUCCUCUAGCGCUGCAUUACUGGGAUGCAUAUUUUUGCCAAAAUGCUACAUCAUUGUUUUACAGCCACAACUCAACCACCGGAAGCAACUCAUAAAGCAGAAUUAG